AUGGAACUUCAAACGUCAAAAUGCAUCCGUUACAACCAGUGCCCGCUCCUCGGGCCUCCCGGAAGCCCCGAGUCUGGGCUCCUCAGCAGUUUUUCGUCCGAACAAACUGCAUUGUUGGGAGUGGUCUCAAAGACCUAUGGAAGAAGGAUCGCCAAUCUCUCCUCCGACGAAUCCAGCCACGCCGUAUCCAUAAAACGACACGUUGAUCAUGACAGACAAGAAAUAUCGAAUAAGGGCGCACAGGAUUCUGAAGCUGAGCACCGACGUUUCAAGGGACAACUUCGCGUCGAUAAUAGUUCAUGUCGAAUUGCAGAAGUCAGAGGCUCGGGUCUUGAGGCUGCGUCCUCUGGUGCCGUUCAGAGCUCUCCGCGCUCAGAUCGUGUAGAGAGGCCGCGGAGCUUGCAUGGAAUCACCAACAGCACAACGAAGCUUCGCGAAAAACGUCAUUCGAAAGCUAGGCACCUGGCACGUAGAAAGGUACAUUUACAGAGUCUGAGCACCUGGGAGGUGAGGCUAGCGCACGACCUGAGUCGAAAAUUGGAAUGGCUCUUGGUACAGCUUAGUCCUGGUCGUAGGCCUUUUCACUUUGCCUUGCUUGCCAAUCACUGGCUCAAUAGGGAAACUUGGGUUGUACUCGAUCCUAUUUCACGGGUCCCCAUUGAAGCAAGACGUCUUUGGGGAGAUCCACGAUUCAAUUCUCCAUAUCCAAUACCUCGCUGGGGGCCAAGACCUAAAUAUCCCGAGAGCACUUGCAAAACAGCCAACACACCUCAUUUGAACUCAUGGAGGGCUGCUGUCAAUCGGAAUCGACGGGCGUCAGGUCUCCGAGAUGUCAUCAAGAGCGUCGCGUUACUUGAAGGCUCAACAGAUGAACCACCGGAUGGGAAAGUCGAUCCCGCAAGUUGGAUACUUCGAAGGCCCCCACAAGGUUUUGCAAUGCCAACCACGCAGCAAGACGCAUACUACGAAGGAGGAGCAGGAUGGCAAGAGACCCUCGGGGACUGGCAGCGGGUGCGCCGCGGUUAUCGAAUCCGUAAAGCGAUCUAUGAAGGGAGGGCCAAUCGAACAAGGAUGAAGGAGGUAGCGGUUGGACUUACCCGGUACUUCCUGGCCAUAACAAAUGAAGCUUUGAAUACUCCCUAA